AUGUCAGAUAUUUCCACCUCACAAGCACCUGCACACACCACAGAUUCGCUCGAUCACGUUGAUUCAAUUGAUCACGCCGACACAAUCACCCUCAGAGCGUUGGUUUCAACCAAAGAAGCUGGUAUCAUCAUUGGAAAAGGCGGCAAGAACGUUGCAGAUUUGAGAGACAGAACUGGUGUUAAAGCUGGUGUUUCCAAGGUUGUCGCUGGUGUGCACGACAGGGUACUCAGCAUCACUGGCACAACCACCGCGACCUCGCACGCCUUCUCCAUCAUCGCUCAAACGAUCCUAGACAACCCUUUGAACCCCUCGACAGCACCACUGCAAUCCCCGCCCUCUGCAACCACCGCCAUUAGACUCCUCAUAUCUCACAACCUCAUGGGAUCGGUUAUUGGAAGACAAGGCAUCAAAAUCAAGCAAAUCCAAGACACUUCCGGUGUCAGGAUGGUCGCGUCCAAGGAACUCCUCCCACAGUCCACCGAACGUAUCGUCGAGGUACAAGGCACCGUGGAAUCCAUCCACCUCGCCAUCAACGACAUCGCCCUCUGCCUUCUCGAAGACUGGGACAGGUACUCUGGCACAAUCCUAUACACCCCUUCUCCACCAAACGACUCACUCUCCUCCCUUUCCUCUUCCUCCCUCAGGUCCUUCUCGUCCAUCAAGAGACCUGAUUCGUUCAACCUGCAAUCCAUCAACUCCGCUCUUCCCCAUCCCCGCGACGAACGAACCCAGCACAUCUCCAUCCCCUCUGACAUGGUUGGCCCUAUCAUCGGCAAGGCUGGCUCCAGAAUCUCUGAGAUCAGAAGAUUGUCCACUGCGAAAAUUAUCAUCGCUAAGCAGCCACACGACGAUAGUGGCGAGAGGUUGUUUACCAUCAUUGGCACCCCAGAGGCCAACGAGAAGGCUCUUAUCCUCCUCUACUCCCAACUCGAAGCCGAGAAGGAAAGACGUAUCAGAGGUGAUCCUGAGGCCUGA